GUCCUAUGGCGUCGGGCUGAGGAGGCCGCCGAGGACAAGAUGGUGCUGAGCCCGGUGACUGUGCUGUACUUCGCCAAAAGCGCCGAACUUGCAGGCGUCCGCUCAGAGACCAUCUCCGUGCCGCAAGAGAUAAAAUCUCUCCAGCUGUGGGAAGAGAUUGAGAGUCGACAUCCUCGCCUGGCUGACGUUCGAGAUCAGGUGAUCUUUGCCGUGCGUCAGGAGUACGUCCAACUCGGGGACCAGGUCCUCCUCCUCCAGCCGGGCGACGAGAUAGCCAUUAUUCCCCCCAUUAGCGGAGGAUAGGAUCUCUGCGCUGUUUGGCACCACUAUGAACGGAACUGCAGAAAAACCCAAGGACUUAAUCAGAUUCACCAAUGAAAAACUCUCCGUAGAUGAAGUCUCGCAGUCGGUGAUUUCUCCGUCCUGCGGAGCCGUGUCCCUCUUUGUCGGGACAACGAGAAAUAACUUCGAAGGGAAAAAAGUGAUUAGCCUAGAAUACGAAGCCUACCUACCGAUGGCCGAAGCCGAAAUCAGAAAGAUCUGUGACGACAUCAGGCAGAAGUGGGCCGUCGGGCACAUUGCCGUAUACCACAGACUCGGCCUAGUUCCAGUGACGGAGCCGAGUGUGAUCAUCGCCGUCUCCUCAGCCCACAGAGCCGAAUCCCUGGAAGCAGUCAAGUACGGCAUCGACACUUUAAAAGCCACAGUGCCGGUAUGGAAGAAGGAAAUUUAUGAAGAUGAAUCUUCCUGGAAAGGAAACAAAGAAUGCUUCUGGACAACUGCAGAUUAACCCUUAUCGACUGUAAACCCAUCCUUCUAAAAAUUUCAGUCCACUUGCUGUAAUAGGGCGUUCUUUUCCCUCGCUUGCUAUUCUCUAUCAAAAUGAAUAUCCUUUCCAAGAAACUCA